AUGGUAAGAGCUCUCAUCAUCAGCCAAGUAUCAUCAGCUAGACGUACUCACAGAACUCUAUCUACAAGCCGAUAUGAGCUUCGAGAACCCAUAGAUGAGAAGUGGGGGACUCCUGUCGGUGACGGAAACUGGACGGGGAUCGUUGGCACCCUUCAGCACCAGCAGGCGGACUUCUCCCUCGACCUUACACUCACAGAGUCAAGGAGCCGCGUCAUGGACUACUCCAGGGUCUAUUAUCAGGAUCCUAUUGUUAUUGUGUCGCCAAAGCCUACUCCUCUUCCCCGGCACCUGGCACUCACCAGACCAUUUGAAGGGGAACUUUGGUUGGUUGUUACUGUUUGUACAUUCGUCCUCGGCAUCAUCUUGUGGCUGCUGCAGAAGAUGUGGUCAUGGGUGUCUGGUGACCGAAGCGCCAGUCUGGUGUCUACUCUCUUCGACAGCUGGGGGAUGCUUCUUAUGAAACCAAUAACAGAGAUUCCCUCUAACAUGAAUGGCCAGGUGCUGGUAGGAUGGUGGUUGCUGACGUGUGUGAUCAUCACCACAGCCUACCGUUCCUCCUUCAUCGCCCACCUGUCCGUCCAGAGCAAAUAUCCACCUAUUAACAACUUUCAGGACCUGCUCAACCGUGACGGCUGGUCUUGGGGUUCUAAGGCUUUGCUAGGAACUGUUUUUCUCUACUUCAACCAAAGUUCUGAUCCUGAUAUACAAAACAUAUUUAGAAAAAUGGAAAUUUCCUCGAUAGAAGACUCGUUGAAGAGAGUCUUGGCUGGCGGGUUCUCCCUUAUAGUGGUCAAAAUACGUGUGAAAGUCCAAGCGGCUGAGAUCUUCUUCGACCAGUAUGGCAACUCACGCUACCAGUUGGCCAGGACAGAGUAUCCCAUUUUUGGUGGUAACGUCUGGGGCUUCCGACAAGGAGCACCAUUUACGAGUCAGAUCAGCAAGAUGAAGCAGCGACUGAUCGAGGCGGGGCUUCUGAAUCUGUGGCUGGACGACAUCAUAAAGAUUCAAACUGAGUUGAAAAAUGCAGACCGAAAUACAGAGGAACUUACACUGAACAGUGAGGAGAACUCGAAUCAGGUGGUGCUGGGGCUGGACCACCUGCAGGGCGGCUUCUACCUGCUGCUGUUGGGCUGCUUCCUCGCCUUCCUCGCCUUUGUAGCAGAGAUCAUAACUCAGUGUUGACUCAAUUAUCAAGAUUCAUAUUUGGUUGCAGAUAAUGAAUCAAUAAUAGGUACAAUAAAUCAAAUGCUUAUUUGAUGAAGCUACAUAAAAUCAGUGUAGAUUUUCCCCUUAAGUCUCAAGAGCCCUGGAAAAGUCCCUUUACAUAUGCGUUGCACAUAGUCUCUCGUGAAAUAAAUGUUUU